GCUAGCAUGAAGAAAGCGUAUAAUCUAGUGAAUAUAUCUAAGGGCAAGAGUGAGGAGGCGGUGCAGUCCAUCUGUAUCAAGCAAAUACCGUUCACUGGCCAGAAGCAAGAAUUCAACAGACCUCCCACAAGGACUGUUCGGUCCAUGUCUCAGUCAUCUACGGAUAGCUUCGCUUCAGUGCACAGUGACACCUCUGAUGAUGAGUCUUCUCCUCGAGACAAGCUUCAGAAAUCCACCAAAGGCCCGUCUGACUUCUGCAUCAAAAACAUCAGUCAGGCUGAUUUUGGACGCAAAGAAAUAGAAAUGGCAGAGCAAGAAAUGCCAGCUCUGAUGAACCUGAGGAAAAGGGCAGGUGGGGAGAAACCGCUGGCUGGAGCCAAAGUAGUGGGCUGCACACACAUCACUGCACAGACAGCGGUGCUGAUUGAGACUCUGGCUGCGUUGGGGGCGCAGUGUCGCUGGGCGGCUUGUAACAUUUUCUCGACUCAGAAUGCUGUGGCAGCUGCUCUGGUUAAAGCAGGCAUCUCAGUGUUUGCGUGGAGAGGAGAAUCGGAGGAUGAGUUCUGGUGGUGUAUUGACCAUUGUGUCGGCACUGAGACCUGGCAGCCCAACAUGGUCCUCGAUGACGGUGGUGACUUGACUGACUGGAUCUAUAAGAAGUAUCCGGAACUGUUUAAGAAUCUCAAAGGUGUUGUGGAGGAAAGCAUCACAGGGAUCUAUCGGUUGUACCAGCUGUCAAAGGCAGGCAGACUGUCUGUUCCUGCUAUGAAUGUCAACGAUUCGGUGACCAAACAGAAGUUUGACAACCUGUACUUCUGCAAGGAGUCUGUACUGGAAGGGCUGAAGCGGACCACUGACAUCAUGUUUGGAGGAAAGCAGGUGGUGGUGUGUGGAUAUGGCGAGGUUGGAAAAGGCUGCUGCGCUGCCCUAAAAGCACUGGGUGCUAUAGUGUAUGUCACAGAAGUGGAUCCUAUCUGUGCCCUUCAGGCCUGCAUGGAUGGCUUCAGAGUAAUUAAACUGAGUGAAAUAGUCAGACAUAUAGACAUGGUCAUCACCUGCACAGGGAAUAAAAAUGUUGUGAUGAGAGAACAUCUGGACAAAAUGAAGAAUGGCUGCAUAGUCUGCAACAUGGGACACUCCAGCAGUGAGAUAGAUUUGGCUGGUCUGCGGUCUUUAGAUCUGAAGUGGGUGCAUGUGAGACCUCGGGUGGAUCACGUCAUCUGGCCUGAUGGCAAGAGAAUUGUCUUGCUGGCAGAGGGUCGUUUGCUGAAUCUGAGCUGCUCUACCGUGCCCUCAUUUGUCCUCUCCAUCACUGCCGCUACCCAGGCCAUGGCUCUCAUAGAGCUGUACAAUGCCCCAGAAGGAAGAUACAACAAGGAUGUCUACCUGCUGCCAAAGAAGAUGGAUGAAUACGUGGCCAGCCUUCACCUGCCGAUAUUUGACGCACACCUCACAGAGUUGUCAGAUGAUCAGGCCAAGUACAUGGGCAUCAGCAAACACGGACCCUUCAAACCAAACUAUUACAGGUAUUGAUGUUUUGCUCACAAAAUUGACGGACAGACGAUCUUCAGAAAAGCUGCUGUGAAAACAGGAGCGCUGACGCCCUCUACAGUCUGAAGCUUUACAGAGUGUAUCUGAAGCAACAGCAUAUUACAGUUUUUUACAGAUGCUAGGACA